AUGAAAUCACUGUCACUCUUUCUUUUUCUUUUUCUUUUUUGCUUGAGUGGGGUAUGGUGCUUUCGCAUCGCUGUCAAACUGCUUUCUCCUCUGGGACAAAUUACUGGUCCAUUUCUUGCAAAGUACACCAGACUUUGGCUUCUCAUGGAAGCACACUUUGGACUUAUCCAAAGACAAGCAUUAAGCUCCAUUGGAAAUAUGCAAGAGCUGAUGAAGACCUCCAGGAUCAGUGUCGCGGCAAAGGCAAUAUGUUGUACCGGCCACGGGUUUAUCAAGCUAGAGCAAUUUGUUGAUGAAUGCACCUCUAUAUUGGAGAAGAGGCUGAAUGAGUUUGCUAGUUCCGGUACGUCGAUUGACAUUUCUCACUGGUUGCAAUGUUAUGCCUUUGAUGUAUUAGGCAAGAUGACUUUUGGUCGGCGCUUUGGCUUCCUGGACUCUGGUGAGGUUAUUCAAGGGAUCAUGUCGUCUCUCAGCGAGUACUUGUCGAAAAACCUUUCUGGCUUGUUACAUGCUGGACGAUUUGCCAAAACUCAGCUCGAAGAGAAAUACAAGAAAGCUCAGGCUGGCAGCCAGAACAGUAACGGUACCAACACCUCAGAGGACUUUAUCACGAAACCUUUCCGCAUACAAGCUCAGAAUCCAACGAAGAUGACCAAUGAGGGUAUUAUUUCAGUUUGCAACAUGAAAAUUGAAGCGGGCUCUGACACUGCCUCGAUUAGCUUGACUUCAAUCAUCUUCAACCUGCUCAAAUUCCCAAGAGUUUUCUAG